AUGACACCUCAGUACACUAACUUCCACAAGAAACAUCCCAAGCGCUCGACCUUCUCGCGAUCGCCCACACAACACACAAACACCUCUAUAUACACUAUAGCGACUAUCUACGCAUACACCACAAGCAAACCCCCACUAAACACAACCGCCCAGUCGACUACCUACACUAACUCUACCCACCUCACCACAUGGCACUUCAACCCCUCGACCUUCUCACGAUCCCCCACGCUGCACACAAACACCGCUGUUUCCGUCGUCGGUCGCAUGGGCGUCUGUGGCGUUCCGGGCCGUCCUGCGCUACCCCCCGCCAUUUUCCGCGCGCGUCUGCUUUCGGCGCUGCGCGUGGCGACUAGACGAUCGUACGCCACGCUGACACCGUAG